CACACUUCAUCACAAAGACAGAGUGUGUAGGGCUGUGCCAAAGUGUCGACGAUUCGUCAUAGCACUUGAAGCAUUAUUUCCAAGUUCCUCGCGUUUGGUGUGUGCAGAGAAAGCAGAGUUUUAGUGCGGUGCGUGUCCACGGGACUGUGAUCUUGCAAUUGCCUUAAGCGUGAGAUUGUUAAACACAAAAGAGGAAAAGCUUGUGUGCUCUCCGUAGUGCGCGAUUGGUGUGAGUGAGUCUAUUGUGUUUUUGUGGCGGAUACGACUGUCGCCCCGAUCGGUGGAACAGGAAGUACAUUGCCUUCGUAGGGAACCGACGUCCCUUCCCUGUCGCUUUUCUUCCCAUCGCCAGACGCAACGAGCGCCGUACACACGAGCAAGAUGAUUAAAAACAUUUUCGGCAGCAGACGGGCGAAGGAUUCCGAGCGGAACAAGAUCUCCGAAAUCGGUCUCCCGACGAACGUGGUGCACGGGAUGCACGUCAGCAAGAACCAGCAAACAGGGCACCUGGAGGGCCUGCCGAAGUCAUGGAUCCGCAUGAUGGAUGCGUUGAUCACGCUCGACGAACAAAGCAAAAAUCCGGAGGCGGCCUACCAGGCGGUAAAGUUUUACAGCUACUCGAUCAAAAAGAAGGAAGCGACGGAACCGUUCAAGCCGUUCAUCACGGAAGAUGCGAUCCACGAAGAAACGGAAUCGAUUGACCAGUUUCUCGACCAGAAGACGACGCACAAGAGCGAAGAUUCGCUGGCGGGGAGUAACGAGGAAAACGAAAGUGUCCCGCAGCCGCCCCCACCUCCGCUGCCCAAGAAAAGCAUGACCCUGCCGCCGAAGCCACAGCUGAAACCAAAGCCCAAGAACUACACCAGCAAGGUGUACAAAGGCAUGGACAAUCUGCAUCUGAUCGAUGCGGGCAGCAACAGCGAAACGAUGAUCAUUCACAACGUGCCCCAUUUCGACACACACCAAAGUUCCUACGCGACCUGCACCAACGUCAACAACAACAACAGCCUCGACCAGGAGCCCGAACCGGCGGACGGCGAUUUAAUACUGCGACCGAAGGAGAAGCUGGCCCGCCAGCCCAAGAGCGACGAACAGGUGUACUUCGAGCUGAAGAAGAUCUGCAACCUGGACGAUCCGCUCCAACGGUACGAGAAGACGGUCGAGGUGGGCAAGGGUGCUUCGGGGGUCGUGUUCAUUGCCCUCGACCGUAACACGGGUGCCAAGGUGGCCAUUAAAACGAUCGACAUGAAGAACCAAUCGUCGAAGGAAUCGAUCCUGAACGAGAUCAACGUGCUGAAGGACUUUAACCACAAGAAUCUGGUCAACUUCCUGGAAGCGUACUACCUGGAAGACGUUGACCAGCUGUGGGUAAUACUCGAGUACAUGGACGGUGGUCCACUGACCGACGUCGUUACCGAAACGGUCAUGAAGGAUCGACAGAUUGCGGCCGUCUGCCGGGAGGUGCUGCUCGCCAUCGACUUCCUGCACGCGAAGGGCAUCAUCCAUCGGGACAUCAAGUCGGACAACGUGCUGCUCGGUAUGGACGGGUCGGUGAAGGUGACCGAUUUCGGGUUCUGCGCCAACAUCGAGGGCGACGAGAAGCGGCAAACGAUGGUCGGCACACCGUACUGGAUGGCGCCGGAGGUGGUAACGCGCAAGCAGUACGGCAAGAAGGUGGACAUCUGGUCGCUCGGCAUCAUGGCGAUCGAGAUGAUCGAGGGCCAACCGCCCUACCUGAAUCAGGCCCCACUCCGAGCGCUCUACCUGAUUGCGGCGAACGGUCGACCGGACAUCAAGAGCUGGGACAAGCUGUCGGACAAUCUGAAAGACUUCCUGGACCGCUGCCUGCAGGUGGAAGUCGACAUGCGUGCGUCGGCCGACGAGCUACUGCGGCAUCCGUUCCUGCAGGACUGUAUGGAGCUGCGCACGUUGACACCGCUCAUAAAGGCCGCCCGAAGACUGCUGAAGCGGGACAACUGAGAGCAGUGGCAUGCGUCUGGCAGGUAACAGGGAAAGCGGAACGGAGCGGAACGUGAAACAAGUCAGAUUUAGAAUCGUUAGUAGGAACAUUUUUGCCGUAUGUGGCUGUGAGAUUAAGUGCCUUUUUACACCGCGUUCCCGCGGGACAGGGGGAACCGACGAAUGAUGGGAACAACAGCAAGUCAGUAGAGUCAGCGAACGAGGGCACAGUGGUGCAAAAUUGGGUUUGAUAAAACGAAAAACGAAACCGGUAGAAGGAUAUAGGAUGGGCACGGUGUUUGUGUGCGUGUGUGUGUGUUGCGCCAUCGGUGUGACCCGCAGCAAAUCACACCCCAUAGUCAACGAGCUUAAAGAUAAGGAAAAGUAGAGCUUACGUAUAGAUUCGCUGUGCGAGAUCGAAGCGAACAUCGAUAGCGGCGGCAAUGUCAGAAGAGGUGGUUGGUUCGGUACUGUUGCAGCAGCAGCAGCAAAUGAUAAGGGACUUGUGGCUCCACGUUUGUCCACGCCUGGGCUGUUGUGGCAGCACUUCGAUUUGCGUUGGUUCCGAAGUGGAACGGAACAAUCAAUCAUAACGCGUGUGUGACCCUUUUGCCACACGAUCUGCGUGUUGCAGUUCCAGGGCACAACAUGUAACACAGUAUUCUGGCACGCAAAACUAGCUAAAGUUUGCUGGACGGAAAGAUGGAUUCCCACCAUACAUUCCUCGUGUUUGUGCGAAGAAAGUUGGUUUCGGUAGUGCAAAAGAAAGGAAACUAUGCAAGACUAUGCUCUCCGCGCAGAUCAUUGAUCGCACCACUGCCAGUUGAUAGUUUUAUUAAGAGAAAAUGUGUGUGUGUGUGUGUGUUUUUGUAGUGAGCAAAACGAGCAACUUCGCGUCCGGUAAUGGACGCGUUUGUGCGCCUGUUUGGAGCUGGUGGUGCUGUGGGCAUAUAUUAAGCGGCGAGCAAGCAGCAAACAUUCCAUGGCCAAAAAAGCAAAAGCGACGGAAGAAACACACCACCACCGCGAUCCGAAAGACGGGGACUCAUCUCGAAGAAGCCCAAGAACGAUAAUAAUGUCGCUUGGUGAUUAGCCGGAACCAUCGUCGCCACGAGGCAAGACAGAAUAGAGUAAAGCGCGUCUGCAGCGGCAAAUGAGCAUCCCUUUCCCGUUCUGCCCACUGCGACUGGCAGUGGAUGGAUGAUGUCGCUAGCGAUGUCGUGGCGCGUACUACCCGACGGCCUCGAUGAUGAUGGCGAGACGAAGACGAUCUCCGUCCUGUCCCUAUGAUUUCACUCGACGGUUGAACUCGCGUGAGCCAUCGAGGAAAGAAACAAAAAAAAAACCUUCAAGCAGACCCAGAGACCGUCUCAUACGCGCCGUCUGUUUGUGGUGCGAGAUGGAGUUGGUGGUUGCGCGUAUCCAUCCAUCACUUCUUCCCGCAGAGGAGAAUGAGCCCAAGGGAAGAGCCGUGCUGGUGGAACGUGCACAGAAAGUGCAUUUGUUCCAGUGCGCUUUUGCACUGCAGAGGAAGUGGGGAGAGAGAGAGACAGUGUGUUUGUGCUCGUCGUCCUCACCAUCGUCGGGGUAGUGUGGCUGGAAUUAUUCUAUUAAAAUUUACAUCUCAUUGAAGAAAAUCACGUUGGUUGCACGGGGCAGGGGGGUUCAUUCGCAGUCCCGGGCAUUUCCAGCACUCGCCGGGCGUGUGACGUAUCCAUGCAAUCGCGAUCGUCUUGGAGCGGGCGCCCCGGGCGGUGUACGUACGACACUCUUGCCAAUUUUCAUUAGCACCAUGGUGCGAGCUGGUUGGUCUACCAAGCAGCGGCUAAGAUUGUUUUUGAAUUGAAGGGCGAGAUCGCGAUGCAUACGCACACAAAACAAAUAUCUAAACCCAUCCGCAUCCGGACCCGUAUGGGCGGCUUAGACGAUCCUAUCUUGCAGACGAAUGGGGCACCAUGUCGCCAGCUGGAGGUGAAAUUCUUUCAAACGCCAAACAGCACAGUACGACCCCGCCGUCGAACAUAUGGCACGGCUAGUGUUCCUUCAUAAUGCUGUACGGUAGACAGGCACGCGUUAAAACGGACGACAAAACAAGGCGAGACAUGCAAGAAGGAAAGCUUUUAUGUGCGUUUUAUGUAUGUUAUAAAAAUAAUUUGCCUUCUCCAAAUGCAACUUCAAUGAAGGGUUCUUCUUCGGGUUGCUCUCACAGCGCAGGAGUAGCGCGGUUCAGUGCCGUCUUCGCUCUACCCAUGAUCAAAUUUGAACCGGUUGGGUUCCGAUUUUAUCAUUCGAAACCUUUCCAAAUCCACACACACACGCUUCAUAGGUAGAAAGUGAGAGUCUUUUACCUUCGGGCAUGGUUAUUACCUAUGAGUCAGCACCGGUUUUGCGCUCACUCCCAAAAUACCUACAUUAUUCCUCCAACUCGUCUCCACUAAACACACGAAUGUUUUAUCAUACCCCCCCACCACCAGCCAAGCGCCCUCAAAGAUGGCGAGAGGACACUAGCUAAUGUUACGGUGAUGAUUCAUCCGCGUUGAAAGUCCACCCAAUCAUUUUGUUGUACAAACCGGGCCUACCGACGUCCGUCUAGCGCCCGGUUUCAAGCAGCAAACGAAUUAAAUCCAUAAGACUAUUGUGACACACGGUUGUAACAGGAUUGUAGACGAAGAUGUUCGCUAUGAUCGGGAUAUUUGAUCUGGUUUUGCUGGAGGAUUGCACGCUCUAAGAGUAAGGCUGUUGAGGUUUUAGAUGUUACACAGAUAUGUAGAUAUGUGGGGGACUAGAACAAAAAACAUUCUUAAAGGUCCGAUGAAUGGAUAACUUCCUUUAGCUUCUACGAGAGCUAAGCAAAUCACCUGCCGCGCUCUGACGACACGGCGUAGAACGAUUCUCCUGUACACUCGGGCCCAAUGUAAUUCGUGCCCGGUUGAUUAUAUGGUGCGCUUUGCGAAAACGGUGCUUUAAUGUUUCACGCUUCACGGCAACAACGAUAAUCGGUGUGAUGUACCAUACUGACACCUCUUCUCGUUACAACGCUCUAUACCUCGAUGUACGCCUCGAUGUCUAUCGAAACUGUUACGACAGCUGGUGGCCCUGGCGAUCGGGCCGCCACCCGCCAGCGAACGACGCUACCCGGUGUAUACGGUAGUAGCGGUAGCGUCUUGAUGUGAUGAGGUAAAUUAAAUUGACCUUAUGCUGCACACACUGUGCGCGGCGGGCCUCUACUCCCCUCGGGACGUUCGGGAACCCCAAAGUCGUUCAAUCACCACCGUUUGUUGUAAGAUUGUUCCUAGGGUUGUGGAAUGGAAAUUGUCCGAGGAAAUGACACCGUACGGCAAGGGUAGAAUAAAUUCAGAUUUCCGGCAACUUUGACGAGACAGAGAGAGAGAGAGAGGCUUCGCACCCAAAUUCUUGGGCAUUUACCGAUUCAUUCCAACAUGUUCUGGAAGUGUCCGACUCCAACCGGAGCUGUGUAGCUAAAAGGCAGGAAGUAUCAGGACCAUCUUCGUCUAUUCGAAGGGAAGCAAAAACAGCUUCGUAAUGCCGUUUUUCCGUCGAUUUCGUAAACUUGGCUUGGUCCAUUUCUCGAUUUGCAAUGCCAUUUAUCAGCCGUUAUCAGAUAACAGGCUGAAGCACCCAACAGCGCAAAGCACCACAAGGUACUACGGUAUAUUACAUAUACUGCUCCGUUGCACCACAUCCAGCACGGCGGCGGGCACAGGAGUGUGUCUCAGUCUUGUGGCCAGAACCGUAGGUGCUAAUAAUGAACUCUACCUUCUUCGAUGUAUGAAUGUCACUCGCUGUACUGAGCGCUUCCUGUUUCCUCUUAUCAAAUUGUGUAACGGACACGAAUUCGCACUAUAGGAAGUGACCCUGUUGAUGGGGCGAUUUUUAAUCUGGUGCAGUACCGGGUGCAUCACACUCCACAAACUCCUCCCCGUUUUACCAAGCCUCCAAGGAGGUCUUUUAGGGUAAGGUACGCACGGGUACAGUGCACCCUCGCCAGUACCUGUCGUGGAUUGCCUUGAACAGUGUAUUUGGAGGUUAUGCGUCGAUCGUGCGGAGUGUCCCGAUCGUACAGCACACGCCGCGUGUAACCAUGAAUGAGGAAGCAGAAAACGCCAACAUGUUGCAUGCAUGUUUCGCAUAGAAAAACACCCAUUCGGGGCGGUUGGGGGCUAGCAGCACACGCUGUCUUCUUCCGCGCCGAUUGGCCACAGCUUGCCUUACACGACGUUACGUGCCGCGUUACCACCAGCUGAGAUAUAGUCGUCGAUUUAGUAGUAGUAGAGCGCGUGUUGAGGAGAAGUCGACAAAAAAAAACGAUUUGCUCUCGCCACAAAAAGAACGCCCUCUGUAUGACCAGCAUCAUCGAAUUAUGUUUUGUUUAGUGUAGUAGAAAUAGAUGCACGAGCACACUAUCUUCUGCUACUCCAAGUGGCAAGGUGUAGUGUUUGUAGACGCGCGCAUCUGCAUCGUCGUCCAUGUACAGAAAAACCAUCCCAGGCCAUAUUUAGGUUUCGACGAUCAGAAUGCCGUCCAGGCCGCGCACACACAAGAAAAAUGCGGAUUCUACUAAGGUUUUGUAUGUCUGUCUAGCGCUAUUGUACAUAUCGAACGGAAAGUAUACAUUUCCUCUUAAAGUGACAAAUGUUCACUAAAGUGUGUGUAGAAUGCUGAUGUUCCACACGCAUGUUAGCCGAUGCCAGUAGUGUAAAUAGAUAGAGAGAGCAUUGCAAACAGAGAAGAGCAAAAAAAAAACCACCAUCACAAUCAAUCUACCGAUAAGGGAUAGGAGGGGGACACUUAUGUGGGAGAAAGCUCGCACAUUGUAUUCGUAACUGUAGAACAAUCAUUCUGACCAUAUGCGGUAAUUGCUUUUGAUUGCUUACGUUCUUCUGUUCUUUUUUUAAAUACAUAGGCAAGCAUGUAUUUUUUAUGCGUAUUACACGAGUAAGAACUAUUUGCACUACAAAGGGGGAACGCUUUUCGGAUCACCUUUGUACGGCAACACCACCACAAAAACACAUUACCACAUUGCAAUGCAUUCGGCGAUAGCGAGUUAUAAAUGUGGCCCGACUGCAGAACCCGGCAUUUAGAGUGGGGAUAGAGUAUUUUGAAGGCGUGAAGCCACACACACGUACAUACACAAUCUUUUUGAACAUUUUUACCACAUUCUUACGUAGACGGCUAGGAGUCAGGAUAUUAUAUUCGGUAUUAGCAAUGAGUUUUUUUCUUCUAUAAAGUAUUUCCAUUUUGCUCCAGCGUGGUAUCGCACAACCAAUUUCAUUCAACACUAUUAUGUUGUAGAACUAUUUUUUUAUGCAAUAUUGUUAAAAUGUUUUGUGUUUAGGAAUAUAGUUUGUGAUAGGAUGUCAUAAUAA